UAUCAUGUGAAUGUUGGUUUCGAUGAGACGUCUGUUUUCUCUGUUGCAGCCCCUGAACUAGUUGCAUCAGUUCAGGAAAACCGGAAGAAGAUGGCGGAAGCUCUUUUAGAGAGAGCCAAGGAUAUCUGCAUCAAAUCUGGGGUAACACCACAGACAAUAGCAGAAGUUGGGGAUCCUAAGGAAGCUAUUUGUGCAGCCGUUGAAAAGCUCAAUGUUCAAUUGCUUGUGUUGGGUAGCCAUAACCGGAAGGCUCUAGAAAGGGCUUUUCUAGGAAGUGUCAGCAACUACUGUGUUCACAAUGCUAAAUGUCCAGUGCUUCUUGUGAGGCAAACGAAGUGAAGGAACCAUAUGCUUUUCACUGCAGGAAGCUUUUGUCGUUAAUUGUGUCUCUCCUAGAUAUAUAUCUCGGUCUUUUCUUUAUUUUUUUACCGUAAUCUUUUCUGUACUUCAGUGGUUUAUGUUUAUGUAUACGGUAAUAAUGAAAUGUCGGUCUACUAGGUCACGAUCUUCCUAAGGGAAAGGCAUGAAUUUGUGUAGUAAAACACAAAUCAUUUGGUUUGCGGACGUUUGUUCAUACCUUCUAUUUUUGUAAUAGAAACAGAUGUGUCGCUUCAAGGAUUGAAAGAGUGUGCGAUGAUUAUUCUUAAGCAUAAGAUGAAGAGCACUUCCUGUUAAUAGUUUAGAUUGCUGAAUAAUUCCUAUUGUCCAAUUGGCACUAAAGAUAAUGUAAAUCUCAUCUAUAAACUGUGUUUUAUGGCUA